GUAUCUGUUCAACCAACAAGCAUUUCUGCGACCGAGUUGUUGUGUUAUUGUGAUUUCUUUAUUUAUCAACUCUUGAUUAUUUGUGAAUGACAAAUUUAAGAAAUCAGCUGUUGUUUUGGUUAUUUAUUAAUACCAAUAAUUUUAAAACUGAUGUCUUUAAUGAAAAAGACUAGAAAUGAUGCAAUUAAAGCUGCGGUCACAUCCUACUUAGAACGUCGAAACUAUCCUGACAUAGACGUGUUUAAUAAUAAUAAUAAUCUGAGCAGAAGUGCUGAUCAAAUGGCUGUAGCAACGAUUGUUCAAUGUGAAGCAAGUCGAGCUAAUUCAAUCUUAUUUUCAUGCAUUAACAAUGAUUCUGGUCAAUACGACUUACAGUAUUCAAGGUUUGUCAACUUUAUUAAAGAAAUAAAACAAGAAAAGGUAAAAAAUGAGCUUCUUGGAUUAUUAUGUCCUUUACUCUGCCACUUAUACCUAGAGAUGUUAAGAGGAGGUCAUGGUGGGCCUGCGCAAAUGUUUCUUAAGAGACAUUCUGCCACAUUACCACAAAAAGAUUUAUCGUAUCAUCAGCCAAUUGAUGGUAACCUACCGUCAGCAUUGUACAGGCCAAACAGCUUGGAGCAGUUGUUCAAUUCCCUACAAAAUGGCACAAUCGACAAUGAAACACCUGAGAAGGAUUAUAUGAAUCAAAUACUCGAUGAUAUUGGAUCAAUUUACACAUUGCAGGAGGUUGAAACUCGACCAUCCAUUGCCGCUUUCAGGUCCUGUAAAUAUGAUAUUAGUUUGUCCCAAGAUGCAUUGAAUAUGUUAAAAGCUUAUCUAGCUAAACAUGGACAUGUUCUCCUAAUACAAGUUCUACAAACAUGGUUCCAUAUUGACAUUAAUAAUGACCCAGAUAAAAAGAAUUCUGAAGAUGACGAAGAAGAAAUGGAUGACGAAAUCAGUGUCACUGGAACUAAUUCUGAAGAAAAAAUUAUAGAUACAAAUGAUAUUUUUGCAGAAUGUAAUGGACAUGCAGAAUAUAUAAGUAUUGAUAAAGAGCUAAUGGAACUUCAAGAAGCAAUCAAAGGGGUCAGAGAAUCAACAGCUCCUUUGAAGUUGUACAAAAUAGCAGCUCCAGAUACUAAUUUAAUUUGUGCAAAAACAGAUGAGUACUGUAAUAUGUUAUGUGGAGGAUUCAGUAAUUCUGAGAUCAGAUUGUGGGACCUUGGACAAAACAAUAUAAAUAGACGUGUCAAUCGAAAUAUUUCUGAAGUUGAACUAGCAUGUUUUGUACCACAUGAGCUAGUCCCUGAUGAUAACACCUUACAAAUAGGUGCAGGAGUACCUUUGAGAGGACACUCUGGACCAAUUCAAGCUGUCAGUGUUCUCCCAAGAGAAGAAUUGGUGGUAUCAGCUUCUCAAGACAACACUAUUCGAGCAUGGAGGCUGACUGAUUAUUCCUGUGCUGCAAUUUAUAGAGGUCAUAACUACCCAAUAUGGUGUAUGGAUGUCUCGAAGAGUGGACUGUUUGUUACUGGCUCGCACGACAGGACUGCAAAGCUGUGGUCUCUUAGUAGAACGUUUCCAAUUCGGAUAUUUGUUGGUCACAUGUCUGAGGUCACAUGUGUAAAAUUUCACCCAAAUGAAGCAUAUAUAGCAACUGGUGGUGCUGACCGUACGGUUCGCUUAUGGAUGGUAUCAGACGCUCGAUUGGUGCGGAUCCUGUGCGGACACCGCGGGGUCGUUCGGACGCUCGCCUUCUCUCCCUCUGGGGCUCAUUUAGCUAGUGCUGGAGAUGACAAGAAAAUCAAAGUGUGGGAUUUAGCAGCGUGCACCUGUAUUCAUGAGUAUAGAGGUCAUCAUGGAAAAGUUACUGCAUUGGAUUGGUCAUCUGUUGGGAAACCUAGCUUGACAAAUAGGGUUUUGUCAGAUCCCAGUGACCCAUUGGUCGAUAAUUCUCUUCUGUGCUCAGCUGGCAUGGAUGGCAUUGUCAAAAUUAUGUCGGAUUGUAACUCUAAGUCCAAGCAAGUAUCGAGCCAAGAUGUCCAGUCUUCGACCUACAACACGAAAUGUUCAUAUCUAGUAGAUGUGCAAGUACAUCCAGAUUGGGUUGUGGCUAUUGGUACCAAAAGAUAAAUUCAAAUACUCUGGAAAUGUGAUUUUAAUGAAAAAUAAUGUUACAACAAUAAAAUUCAAACAUACUUAA